CGGAGCCUGAGGCGGGCAGGGACGUGGCCGGAGCGGCUGUAGCGGAGCGAGUGUGAGACCGCGCCGAGCCCGAGCCAGCGCCGCCGCCAUGCCCGGGCCCAACCCCAGCGCCACCAGCGUCGGCUCCUCCGGCCGCUCCCCCAGCAAGGCUGUGGCUCCCCGCGCCGCGGGAUCCACCGUCCGGCAGAGGAAAAAUGCCAGCUGUGGGACAAGGAGUGCAGGCCGUGCCACGUCCACAGGGACUGGUGGGAUGUGGCGGUUCUACACUGAGGACUCUCCAGGGCUCAAAGUUGGACCUGUUCCAGUUUUGGUCAUGAGUCUUCUUUUUAUUGCUUCUGUAUUUAUGCUGCACAUCUGGGGUAAAUACACUCGUUCCUAGACUCAGCUGCCAGCUUAAAGCAUACAUCUUGGACCAAAACUAUGGUGGAUCCUGGUUAUUCUUGGAGACUGGGGAAGCUUCCUAUCACCUGUUGAAGUCCUGUCAACUUUGGCUGUGAUAUCGAAUUAAUUUCUCAGUUCGCUACUUCGGCAGCUUUAAAGCCUGUCAUGGGUCAUUUUAUAUUUGUAUCUGUACACUUAGAAUACAGGUAUUGCAAUAAAAGUUCUAUAUGGAAAUAGAA